AUGGAGUCAACAUACAAGUGUAAGUUAGAGGCUGAAAAUACAAUCGUCGCGGGACGAACGAGUGACGAAUUUCCGGGCAAAGGCGAUCCAUUUAUAAUUCACUCCUUCCUUACCCCCUCGCCCCUCACCCCUCGCCCCUCGCCCCUCGCCCCUUACCCCCUCACCCCUCGCCCCUCACCCCUCGCCCUUACCUACUCGCCCCUCACCCCUCACCCUCUCACCCCUCGCCCCUCGCCCCUCGCCCCUCACCCCUCACCCCUCGCCCCUCGCCCUUCGCCCCUCGCCCCUCACCCCUCACCCCUCGCCCCUCGCCCUUCGCCCCUCGCCCCUCACCCCUCACCCCCUCACCCCUCGCCCCUCGCCCCUCGCCCCUCACCCCUUCACCCCUUCACCCCUCACCCUUCACCCCUCACCCCUUGCCCUGCAAGUUGGAGAGUGGACACUCUGGCCCUGUGGAUCCUGGCCGUGGAGAGUGGACACUCUGGCCCCUGUGGAUCCGGGCCAUGGAGAGUGGACACCCUGGCCCCGUCGAUCCGGGCCGUGGAGAGUGGACACCCUGGCCCUGUGGAUCCUGGCCGUGGAGAGUGGACACUCUGGCCCCUGUGGAUCCGGGCCAUGGAGAGUGGACACCCUGGCCCCGUCGAUCCGGGCCGUGGAGAGUGGACACCCUGGCCCUGUGGAUCCGGGCCGUGGACAGUUCCAUAA